GGUGUAGGUACCUGUUCACUGUGGUUGAGUGGGACAAGAUGGCACUCGUGUGAAGCCAGGAGUAGACGUACGACAGGAGUGUGAUCAUUUUGGUAAAGCAAACGGUUACACCACAAUCACCGUCUACAAGAUGUGGCACAACUUGGUAGAGGCAAAUCGUUUUAAUUGUGAGUGAAUGUUUCGAUGGGUAAAAGUUGACCGUUACACAAUCGGAUAUAUGGAUUACUGAGCACCAUCUCGUACAAAGGCAACUUGGACUCAGAUCACAGAAAUCACAAUCAUACAAAACGAGGAACAGAGCAGACAUCAUGGUGAAACAAUAUGACAACCAGGCCUUGUGGGAUAUAGUGCAUGGAACGCGUGAUUUUGUGGACAAAUAUGACACAAUAUUGUUGGCGAAGGAAGUCACUGCAUUGCCGAAUCUAUUCAGCUUAUCACAUUACAGUCUGGCCUAUUGACAACGUUAUUCACUCAAGGACAUUCCAUUAAGCAAUUUUGGAUCGGCAAUCCAACAGCAUGUUCAAGUGUCCUGUGUCUGUGUACAUAAUCUUCAAGUCAAGCUCGAGUGCUGAUAUAAGUUGACCAUUUGGAUUGCAAUCCGGACAUUAUUUCGAUGUUCCACCAAGUCCAAAAGCGGCAUAUAGGCCUGUUCAAUUAUUUACUUAUGCUUAUCAACGAUUCCCGAGUACCUCUUCGGAUCUUGUGUUGUAAUUGCACGAGAUGAAAGGUAAACCUCUCUGUAGUAUAAUAGUGGUUGAUGUGGGCCAGCGAACACCGAUGUGCGCUGUUUGUUGGUCACGCCACAUUGUGAAAGGAUAUGUGAACACGGAGUAACUACAUUCUUCCCUAUCAGAUGAACACAUACCAACAACAAAGGAGUUUACAAAGACAAGACUGAUAGUGUGUCGAAACAUUAGGGAUUAUAUUAGUUGGUAUUGUGUGUGGUAUUGAUUUUGAGGUCGCCCUAACGAUGGAUACGAUAGCUGGUGGAAAUGCUAUACCUACUGAUGGCCGACUUGGAGCAUACUUGGACAUACCCCAGUUCUCAGAAGUAGAUACUGAGGCGAAACUAAGAAAUAUAAUCAGGCAUAGAUUAGGUACAUAUAUUAAUCUGGAUCAAAGUUUCUCAAACUUGACUGGAGGCUCAAGCGGUAACCUAUCGCAGUGUGAUAUUUCUGUCCAGGAACACCAGCAUGAACUGUCAACGCAGAGGCGUUUUGAUGGUGAAAUGACUUCAUCAGAUUCAGCAAGAAACAUGGCGGGCAAGGAACGUGGGAGAGGGAGACGACCAUCUCUGAAGGAAUCGGAAAUGUACACCUGCCCCAGGAGGGCGUCAAGCAACAACUGGGUCACACCCUUUAAGUUCAGUAAAGAAGAACUCAGCGCCUUCCUCCCGCGACGGAGUUUCUUCAGCUGCCACGACAAGGCCCUGAAGGAUGCUGGGUAUGAUACAGACCCUUCUACCAAGAAACAAGAAGUCAAAGAAGUCAGACAACAGAAUAAGAGAGAGUUGAAGGACGUUAGAAGAGACAGUGUUGUCUCUGAAAGGAAAGCGUCGGUCAUUUCGAAGUGCGAAGAGAUGGAAAAGUUAUUGCCUGAAAUUGUCAUAUCUCGAAGUGAAGAUGGUCAGGAUAGAGAGGUUCGUGAUGGAUCAAGGCCUAAUUCCCCUGCUACGAACGACGGUAAGGCAAAACAUGUUUCAUCGAAAACUAAACUGGCUAGGAAGAAGAUGGAGGACGAUUUCAAUAAGAAUGCACAUAAGGCUGUGACGGAGUAUUUAAGACACGUGAAAGAAAAUCCAGCUGAAUACAUUGACCAAAUCAAGCGCCUUGAAGCUAACUCCAUCGAAACGAAGCCAGUCGAGAAGCUGAUUAAGACCGCCAUGAUCUACCAAAGAGGGCAGCAUGGCCAGGCACGUUCCUCGCUCGUGGUGCGGGCAUCACAUGACCUGACGCUGAGAUACACCGAUCCGGGCCAAUGGCAGAAUGCAAACAAAGAAAGGAAUCAGACAUUUGCCAUCGGGAAGAAAGAGUCCUCUUUGGCGAAACCUGGCCAGGAUGGCGACAAGGAAAGUAAACCGGAAAUAGAUGAAGGCAAGACGGAACUGGAUAAAUGUCGCUACAAGGCAGAGAAGUGGAUGAAGACGGUGCCGAUGGUUCAGCAGUUGCGUGCCCGCCAGAUGGCGCUGGAGGAGGUAGGAGAGGAGGAUGGUGAGGUAUCCCAGUGGUGGGACUCCCUCAGAACCUGCAACUAUCUCAGAAGGUUUGUUAUAACAGACGCAGCAGGCCACAGCAAAUGACACCAACUGAACACUGCCGAGUACCGCGUCUCCAGUAUACAUUCUAUACUAUAGUAUAGCCAUUCUCAGUAAUUAUCAGGAUAUGUUAAUGCUCGUAUAUGUUAGUGUAAGGAGUGUAAAUAAGGAGAAAACAUUAACAUUUCAGCAGCCAUAUGAGGAUUCGAACCAGGUUUAUGUACUGGGGAACACAUUAACCAAUGGCCUACCCUACAAUGGAAAAUUGUGUCAUACAGACGUAGGCUUCUGUGGAUGUGAACCACCUGUUACGAUUCCACAUUACAGGACUGGACGUAUGUCAGAUACGCUGUGGUGAGACGGAAGACUGUGUGGUAUGUUCGGUGUAUACUAAGCGCUGUCUUGGCAAUAGUCCUGGGCAUGUGAACGUCAGAGCAGACGACUGUAUCUCCUCCAUCUGGCAUGAUCUGUCCCAUGGACUUAGGUAUCAACAAGGGAAUAAUGUAACGCCUUGCAACCAUACCCAUACUUUAUGUAUGUCUAUACUGUAUCUUGGUCUAAAGCAAAUUGGUGUUGUGAUUUUUGUUGUGAAUUGACAACGGUCUGACUGAAGGAAAAGUGUUUUAUACUGGUAGCAUGUGUCUCUCAAAACUACAGAUUUGAUUAAUCCUUCAUUUCACGAGUUAUACCGGUGUGGCAUUUAUUGUGAGGCUUCACUGUUGGAUUAUACCUUCUCGGGUUUAGGACAAUGCAAAGCAAAUCUUUGAAAUACACUCCCGGGCAAAGGAAAGUAUACACCAAUGUUUGAUUGGCUAAAAUGAAAUAAACUAGAAAUGGUAUUAGCUUGAGAUGUAUUUGAUACGGGUAUCACUGUGGACCUUAAGUUUACAGUGUUUCGGCGACUGUUUUCAGCCUAAUAAUUUGGGCUGGGACGGGUAACUCGGGUACCCGGGUCGGGUGGGUACUGAGUAGGACCCGGCUACCCACAUGGCUACCUACAUGGCUACCCGGACUCGUGAUAUAUUGUUUAAUGACAAAUAUUAUCUAGAACUCCAUUAGUCACGUGAUAUAUUGUUUAAUGACAAAAAAAAUAUCUAGAACUCUAUGUUAACACUACA